AUGUUCCACUUCUCACGCAGCCAGAGCCACGAAGAUGGCAGACGGACAUCUGAAGGGAUUCACGCUUGGCUGGUGGGUGCGGAUAUUGGCUGUCUAGCAGCUGCUGUCCACUUGAUCCAAGAUGCGAAAGUGCCAGGGCCUCAGAUCCACAUCUUGAGAAAUUCGGCAUCGCAGUCUCACAUCUUAGAGGGUUUUCCGAUUAACAGAGCGCUUCAUUCGGAGACAGAAUCUAUCACUAAAGAAGACCGUCUCCCAUCCAGGCGCAUAUUGAGCCAGAACUACGUUUGUACCAACGAUCUCCUAUCGCGGAUUCCGUCACUGGACAAUUCCACGAGAACCAUCCAGGAGGAACUAGUCGAGCUCGAGAAUGAAAAGAAUCUAUCCAAAGAUUACCAAACUAGAGUGAUCGCCAACGAAGACCACACGAUGGAUAUUCUGGACACCAAGAGACUCGACCUCAACCUGGGUGACCGUGUCCGCAUUAAGAAGAUGAUGCUGGCGAGCAAAGGGGGUCUGAUGAAAACGAGAAUAAUGGAUAUUUUCAAUGAGGAAUUUUUUCAUGGAAAGUUCUGGAGCAUGUGGGCGACCAAGUGUGUACCAGUUUUCUUCCCCUUUCCGAUUUUUCAUGCAAAGAAACUGAGCUCGUGUAGGUUUGCAUUCCAGCCAUGGCACAAUGCCGAGGAAUUCCGGCGCCACCUUCGAUAUAUCCACGAUUUUGCCAAUCUCCACACAUUGAGCCCGAUUGACUGCACGCCGUACGAGCUGUUCAACUCCAUCAUUAUUCCGGUCACCUCCUACCUUCAAGCACAAGCAGUAGACUUCAAACAUAAUGUCACGGUCUUGGACGUGGUGAUGGAUUCAGAGAGUGACCCGACAUUGGUAUCUGGUCUGAAGGUCCAGCAGAGUGGCACAGUAACCGUCAUCAGCAUCUCUCCCAAGGACAUCCUGAUCAUCACCCUCGGAUCCAUCUACGCGGGUUCAACAUUAGGAACGAACUGGUCUCCUCCCGCGCCUGUCCCAGAGGUCGAGGAGUUGACACUCGACGACUCGUGGGACCUGUGGUUUAAGCUCUCGCGAAAACAUCCGAAAUUUGGAGACCCGUCACGAUUUUGUGGGCGCAUCGCAGAGUCAACUAUGGCAUGCUUUCUUGUGACGCUGAAUGACUGGGACUCCUUCGAGCGAUUUGCAGCUCUAGUGCAGUCGCCACUCAAUACGAGCACGCUGUUGAGUUUUAAGGACAGCAACUGGCGGUUGAGCCUGAAUGUGCCGCGCCAGCCGCAUCUUGCCGGUCAAUCAGAAGACACCCAGCUGAUAUGGGGCUACGCACUAUCCCCAUCGCGCGAAGGGAACUUCAUCCAUAAACCAUUGAGCAGUUGUACCGGUGAAGAGGUUCUGAUGGAGGUGCUCCAACAACUACAAUUACCCCUGGAUCCGAUACUCGAGCACUCCAUUACAGUGACCAGCUUAUUGCCACUUGCAACGGCGCAGUACCUGACACGAGACAAAGACGACCGCCCAAAUACCGUCCCCGACAACGUGCACAAUAUGGCGCUAAUCGGCCAGUUUGUGGAAAUUCCUCAGGAUACAGUGUUUUCCAUGGAGUACACUAUCCGCGGGGCACAAACGGCUGUAUACCACUUGAUGGGCCUGGAAGAGCAGAAGCUGAAAGCGCAUAAGAACUACUGGGAUAGUUUUUGGACGAUUCUACUUUGA